AUGGGUGAGAUUUACCAGCUAGCAGCAAACACUGUUGUAUAUGUUGGGCCCAGCAUCCCGUCCACAGAAAGAGCCAUUCAGUUCAUGUCAAAGCUGGAAGCAUAUUUUGAUUCCCUACAAACUUCCGACAACAGUACAAAAUUGAAAGAAUUCUCUUUGGAGCAUCUCUUCCAGACGACUUCAACCUCAAGACAGUCUGAAGACUGGUUAGCACUUCGAGACCAUCUUGCCCGCCCGUGGUUCACCAGGACCUGGAUUAUUCAAGAAGCGGUGUUGUCCGAUGAACUCGAUUUCAUCUGGGGCGAACUUUCGCUGCCAUGGGAGCGCCUAGAGAAGUUUUGUGGUUACGAGCGCCAGUUCAGGUUUGGAAUACUACUCUACGAGGUUGAUCCGAUAGGACGAAAAGUGGUUUCGGCGAUGAAGAACAUCGACAAGCUCAAGCAGAAUCGAGCCGGGUUCUCUCGGGGCUGGAGAUGCACUAUAUCAUUUGCCCUGUACUGUUGCGAUGAGAGUGGUGCGUCAGAUUCCAGAGACAAAGUCUACGGCCUGCUAGGUCUGCUGCACGAUCCUCGUUCCGCGUCAGGUAGUAGGAUAGUUCCGGAUUACUCCAAGACGCCAAGCACGAUAUACACGGAGAUUACACAGGAGUUCACCGCUGCGAAAGAUAGUUUCGAUCUGGUUUACGCCGCAGGGAUUGGUCACAUAAGAGGCAUCGAAGGACUCCCCUCAUGGGUGCCUGAUCUCUCUGGGCCACUAGCAAUGUACCCUGCGCAGAGCCACGGUGCAGGCAAGGGCCACACUUUCGGUCUUUUGCCGAUCCGGUUUGAACAGAACGACAUGGUGAUACAGGCAUUCCUGGUCGACAGAGUCGAAUCGGUCGCCAGCUUUCCUCCCGCUAUAUGGUCUGCAGUGGAUAUCGAGGACGACCCAUUGCCUAUCGGUCACAUUCAAGGCGCUAUCGACCUCAUGAAGGAAUUCCACAGCGGGUUCUGGUCCGACUCGGUUUUUGACAUGUUCUCCAGAACGCUGGUAGCGGAUACGGACAUAUUUCUUGAGCACGAGCCGAGCAGAUACGCCGCUGUUUGUGAGAGCCUCGAUGUCGUCCGUCGUAACGGUAUCCGUGGCUCUCCGAUGGCAACGAGCAACAUGUCAAAGCAUGAUCGGCACAAAUAUCUGACAGCUGUUGCCGCGCAUCCGGGCUCAGGUAACAUCCUAUGUAUGGCAGCGAAGAACUCCCUAGGGAUCGUUCCACGUUUCACGGCAAAGGGGGAUCUCGUCUGUGUCUGUCCAGGGUCUAAAGUACCCUUCAUUGUCAGAGCAACGGGUCUGUCGUCGGCUGGGAAAGAAAUCUUUCGCCUUGUAGGGGGUGCGUUCUUCCUCAGCUUGAACAAUGGCGAAGGGCUUGGGGUCGGCCCGCUUCAGGAGAUCAUUUUCCGGUAG